GGUUUCGAGGUGACCGCGCUGGUCCGGGACCCCUCUCGGCUGCCCCCCGGCCCCUCCCCCGCGCGGGUGGUCGUGGGGGACGCGCGCCCCACCACGGUGAUGUCGGACGCCACCAGAACCAUCGUGGAGGCCCUGGUGGAGCACGGGGUGCCCAAGGUGGUGGCGUGUCUGUCCGCGUUCCUGCUGUGGGAGCCGCAGCGGGUCCCGGAGCGGCUGCGGGCGGUGACCGAGGAGCACCGGCGCAUGGAGCGGAUCCUGCGGGCGGCGCCGCUGCGCUGGGUGCUCGCCAUGCCCCCGCACAUC